GGUCAAGAAUGGCGUCGAACACACUCUCUGACAUUUACAACUUUGCAAAACCCGAAUAUAUAUCAGGUUUGCGGUCAUCUCUGUUGUUUAAUCCAUUUACUGAAAUGAAAAUUGAGAUAGUAAAGAAGAUAAUAAAAAAGAAAAUGAAAGAUUCAAAAACUAUGAGAAUAGAUGAAUGGUUGGACGAAAAAUCUGAAUAUCGAAAUGAUAUUUUCCUUACCAUGAUUAUGACUUAUCGACUUAAGCAUGAAGAUAGAAAACAGAUAAUGUCUGAUUUAGAUGUUGUUAAGGAUAUACCUAAAUUAUUUAUUUAUGCCCAUGAAACAAUUCUAUCAAGUGAUAGUAAAGCUGUUUUCUCACCUUUAAGAGACAUUCUAAAUAUUGUCUGGAAUGGAUCACACUGUUCUGCAAAGUUUGGCAGAAAAUGUUACAAUGAUGGUGUUGUAAAGCUAAUUGUUAAAAAGUUGUUAACUAAUUGGAGGUUUUCAUCAACUAGUGUUUCAGAUAAAACAUUUGAUUUAAAUAAAAAGGAGAGAAGGCGUCUCCUUGUUGGUUAUUUAUCAAUUUUAAAUAAUAUAUUAAGAUUAAAUGAUGAUUUAAGAAAACCAAUUAGAAAUUUAGGAUGUGUUGAAGUAAUUUGUAAACUAAAAGAAAAUAUAAUUAAUGAUCCAAAAAAAUCCUCUGAUACUGCAUGUUUAACAAUUUUAUCAUAUCUUAUUAUUCAUGAAGAUGAAAUUGAGAUGAUCAAGAUGAAAGAAGAGAAUGUGUUAUAUCUAGAAAGUAACUUAGAGAGCUCUUUACAAUCUGCUGAACAUUUUGAUACUGUUAAAGGUCUACUCUCUGAUAGUCUUAUAGCAAUCAAUCAUCUAGCAGUUAAUGAUGAGAAUAAGAUACUCAUGAUUAGGUAUAUUCCUCUUUUAUCAGACACAGUUCAAAAAGCUCUAACUGGAGAUGAACAAGAAUUAGCAAUCAGGUGCUUAAAAACUCUCAUUUUGAGCAUGAAUUGUAAAAAAGUACUCAAGCAGAAGAAAUAUAUAAUAAUUAUAAAAAGAGCAGCAGAAAAAGGCAUGAAUUCAACUGUUAAAGAACUGGCAAAAACUCUCCUGACAGAAAUUGAAAAGCAAGCUGUGAUGCCAACAAAAGCUCCUCCUGAAUGUGCACAAAAAGAUCCAGAGGAAAGGUUGAUGUUAAAGAGGAAACAGCCAUUAACAAGAGGAUUUAUUAGCAAGAAAAAGUGCUCUCCUGAGGAAAAUGUUAAAAAAAAAUAAACAAACUCAAAGAGACUUCACAGACAAAAUGGAUACAAAUUCAUAGAUGAUAUUGCAGGAUUUUAAAUUUGAUUCUAGUACAUAUCAGAUACAAUUUUACAAUAAAUGUAUUCAUUUUAUUUGAAAGAGUACUAAAUACAAAUUAUUCUAGAA